GACAACUCGUACAGUUGUUAAAUACCAAAUGGCAAAUCUAUUAGGAGACCACUGCAGUACAGUGUCAUAGUAUAAUAUCUGUAUAAUGAAACGAAGGUAACGUUUAUUUUCCACCGGCGAAUCUCGGUGAUUUUAUUGAUAGUGAGUUUAAAUAGUCAGUUGAGUUAAAAAGUAAAGUUCACAAUGGGCUCAGAGGAUGUGCUCAAGAGUGCUUCAACACUAGCCUCUUACAGUGUUCUGCUUCAGGUGAUGUUUCGAGUGUUGACGUUUCUCUUGAACGCAUUUACUUUACGGUUUGUGUCUAAGGAGCUGAUAGGUGUGGUAAAUGUCAGGUUGAUGCUGCUCUAUUCCACAUUGGUGUUUUUGUCUAGGGAGGCGUUCCGGAGGGCGUGUCUAAGCGGCGAAGGGGCGGGGCGUAACUGGAGGCAGGUUAUCAACCUGUUAUGGCUCACAUUUCCUGUGGGUUGUGUGUGGGGUGUGUUGUUGGUGUGUGUGUGGUGGUGGCUGCUCCAGGCACCUGAUCCAGAGUCCAUCCCACAUUAUGUUCCUGCUGUUGGAUUGUUCUGCUUGGCUGCGCUAACAGAGCUGCUGGCUGAACCUCUCUGGGUUCUUGCACAUGCACACAUGUUCGUCCGUUUGAAGGUGAUUGCCGAAAGCUUAGCCAUGAUCGCUAAAUGUCUUGUUACUGUAGUGAUGGUGGUCUCAGCACCUCAAUGGGGGCUCUAUAUCUUUUCUGCAGCCCAGUGUGUCUAUGCAGGGUUUUUGCUGCUUUGUUAUGUGUUAUACUUCGUUCGUUUCCUUGGCUCAGAAGAAGCAGAGAAGAAAUUGUUCCCGGUUAGUCACAUAAAAGACCUUCUGCCAUCUGGAGUGGAUCAUGAGCCACUACUAAAUUGGAAGUUGACCACACUAACCUGGAGCUUUUUCAAACAGUCAUUUCUCAAACAGAUACUUACAGAAGGCGAGCGUUAUGUGAUGACAUUUUUGAAUGUGCUUAACUUUGGCGAUCAGGGAGUUUAUGAUAUAAUAAACAAUCUGGGCUCAAUGGUAGCAAGAUUUCUUUUUUUGCCCAUUGAGGAGAGUUUCUAUGUGUUCUUCGCUAAAGUCCUGGAGCGUGGACGAGAUGUACAACAUCAAAAACAAGAGGAAGUUUCCAUGGCAGCUGAAGUACUGGAAUGUCUUUUGAAGCUGGUGCUUUUGAUUGGUCUGAUCAUCACAGUUUUUGGUUAUGCAUAUUCUCAUCUGGCACUUGACAUCUACGGCGGGGAACUUCUGAGCAGCGGAGCCGGGCCAUCUCUCCUGCGGUGUUAUAGUUGUUAUGUUCUGCUGUUAGCCAUUAAUGGAGUAACAGAGUGUUUUGUUUUUGCUGCCAUGAGCAAAGAGGAGGUUGACAGAUAUAAUCUAGUGAUGCUGGGCCUGUCAGCCUCAUUUCUUCUCCUUUCUUAUUGGCUAACGUGGAUGUUAGGGGCCAUUGGCUUCAUUUUGGCUAAUUGCUGUAACAUGGCUCUACGAAUCACUCACAGUAUUGUUUACAUACAUCGCUAUUUCCUGCAAAGUGAAUACACACCCCUGUGGGGGCUCCGCCCACAUUCUGCUGUCGUCAUUGCACUUGGCGUGAGCUCCAUCCUCACAACCUGCUCAGAGAGCAUGUUCUGCUGUGACGGUGGCUGGUUGCUAAGGCUGAUUCAUGUUGCCGUGGGGGCGGUUUGUCUCCUGGGUGUGGUCAUCACAGUAUUUCUGACAGAAACAAGACUUGUGCAGUUUGUCAGGACUCAGUUGUUACCCAAAUACAGCAAGAAAAAAGAUGCAGUACCUCUAUGUUCAGUUUUUGCUUAUGACAUCAAAAGUAGCUGACGGUUUGAAGGUUAGUAAUUCCUACAGGACGUACCUUAUAGAAUAUUUUAUUGAUUGAUUACAAAACAAACACAGAGAAUAUUGCAACGUAAUGCAAAGAUAUCAAGGGGUCCCCCAGCAUGUAACUACUGCUCCAAUGUGCUUGUCAUUCCUUAAGAUUGUUCAUUUUUGAACAUUAAUGCUUGUCAUUAGACAUACGGAAGGUGUUCAUUGACAAUUUGCACAACGUUACUGCUAGAUAUAUACUGUAGCUGUGUAAAUCAGUGGUGAACUUUGUACGAAUGAUUGAUUGUAUAAAAUGGUUAUAUAUAAUACAUUUAAAUGGUACUGGGUACUGUUGUCUUUAAAAACAGGUAAGAUGAGACUGAAAAAUAUUAUCUGUUAUUCUAAUAUCUGGGAACAAAUAAACCUUU